UAAUUGUGUUUAUAGGUAAUAGUUUGUUUUUACAGACGUCUAAAUAUGGAAAUUCAAUCAAAUAAUUCAUCAUUUAUUAAAAGAAUUUUUUUAAAUGAAAAAACUUGUAAUAAUGCCUCAUUUCGAGUUUUACAAUGGAAUAUUCUUGCUCAGGGCUUAACCUACUCCACUGAAACGGAAAACUUUUGUAAAGUUCCUUGUCAAUUUUUGGAAUGGGAUCAUCGUAGUAAAUUAAUAAUGGAACACAUAGAUACUUUAAAUCCGCAUGUUAUUUGUCUUCAAGAAGUGGAUCACUUUGAUGAUUUUUUUGUUCCUUGUUUAAUUCCAAAAGGUUAUCGAGGGUUUUUUGCGCCCAAACUUGAUUCUCCAUGCUUUAAUUUUCCUAAUAAUGGUCCAGACGGUGUUGCGCUUUUUUACAAAAGUGAAAGAUUUUUAUUAAAAGAUCUUGUUAUAUCUUAUUUGAAUGAUGGAAAUGAAAAAGAGAAAAAGCAAGCCAUUUUAGCAUGUGUUUUGGAGGAUAAAAUUACUUGUCAAUGUAUAAUUAUUGCUGUCACCCAUUUAAAAGCAAAAGAUGGGUUUGAAAUGCAACGAGUAGCGCAAGCAAAUGAUUGUAUUAAUGUUAUCGAAUCAAUGCUAAAUAAACAUAAAAAUAGUUCUGUAAUUUGGUGCGGUGAUUUUAACAGCGAAGAAAAUGAGGAGUGUCAUUCAAGAAUCAAAGAAGCUAAAAUAAAUGUAAAAAAUGUUUUAAAUGAGCUUUCCAGCAAAAUGUCUUUUACCACUUGGAAAAGGCGCCCAGACUCAGAAAAAAAACAGGUUAUUGAUUACAUAUUUUAUUCUUCAGAAUACUUCAGUCCGGAAAAUGUGUUGUUGCCGCCAGAUGAAGUUGAUAUUCCAACAGAAAGAUUUCCAUCCUUUAAUCAUCCCAGUGAUCAUAUUUCUUUAUGCGUAGAUUUUAGUUAUGUUUGAAAGUUGACUUUUAUGUUUUUAUUUAUAUUUUUAUAGUAUUUUACUUGAAUUUGUAUAAUCUUUUUGUGUUGUUUUUAUGUGUGCAAUAUUUUUGUGUUGUUUAUAUGUGUAUGGUCAUUUUGUGUUAGUUGUAAUUUGUAUUUAUAUGGACUGAUUUUUUUUUAUUUUAAUUGGUUUUUGUUUAAAUAUUUUUCUUAUUUUUAAAAUUUUUUUUUUGUACUUUUAUAAUACGUCAUUAUGUCUUUAAACCUUCUGUAUAUAUAAUUUAAUUUUUAGAUUAUAGAUAUUUUAAAAUG